AUGCCGAGUAAUCUGAAGUCAUUGAUCGGUACCAUCAAACGGCGCCCGACCAAGGCGGCUGAUGGACGUACCAAUGAGCAAGCAGCUGCAGCUGCAGGAGCUGUCAAUGGCGAGAAGACAGGUGUGCUGCGUGACCUACACGGCUUGAGCUUCAAGGACAAGCACACCCUGGCACAUGCGCUUCCAACUCUUGCCUCUGGAGAACCCUUGGAUGACAAGGAACUCCUGCUUGAGAAGGGCGUCUCUAUGCUCCAAGGACUGCCUCCUAACAGCGGUCUUAGUGAAGCUAUCUCUGAUGGCUUCAUCAAGAUGCUUUGGCAUGACCUGCCGCACCCUGCCAUGACAACAGCCGGACCGACUUCGAGGUAUCGGAAACACGAUGGCAGCGGUAACAACCCCUGGGUGCCCGACAUGGGCAAGGCAGGAACACCGUAUGCUCGCAACGUGCCUCCCAUGAAACCCAAAGGCCCCAAUCUCCCGGAUGUUGAGGCCGUUUACGACGCCCUUCUCAAACGCGAAGGCCCCUUCCGAAAGCACCCUUCCGGCCUCAACCGUAUGUUCUUUGCCUUCGCGACAGUCGUCAUCCAUGAAUGUUUCCAGACGUCCCGAAAAGACCCGUUCAUCAAUGAGACAUCGAGUUACGUCGACCUGAGCACUCUGUACGGAAACACGGAGAACGAGCAGAAACACGUACGAAUGUACGAGAAUGGCUUAAUAUUUCCUGACACCAUCGCCUCCGAGCGAAUCAUGAUGAUGCCACCACCAGUUGUGGCAGUUCUCGUCAUCUUUUCACGACACCACAACUUCAUUGCCCACAGUCUAAUGUCUGUCAAUGAGGACGGGAAGUACAAGCCGUGGGAGGAGCUCGAUGAUGCGGGCAAGAAAUGGCAAGAUGAGGAUAUCUUCCAAAUUUCUCGCAACAUCAACGUCGGCUUCUUUGCCUCGGUGGUCUUGAAAGACUAUGUCUCUGCCAUUUUGAAUACCCCUCGUGCGAACUCCGAGUGGAACCUCAACCUAGGCAAGGAAAUCAAAAAGGGCGGAGAGCGAGUUGACCGUGGAAGCGGAAAUGUCGUCUCGGUCGAGUUCGCUGUUCUCUAUCAUUGGCACGCAGCCCUUAGUGCUGCUGAUGCUGAGUGGAUGGAGAGUGUCCUGAGAGACUCAUUUCCCGACUUGAAGUCCAUUGAGGAUGUUACCGUCGACAUGUUCCACCAGGUCAUGAAGAAGCAUGGUCACAAGCUGAUAUCUACUCCUCGGAAUGAAUGGACUUUCGGAGGACUAGAGCGCCAGGCCGACGGGAAGUUCUCUGAUUUCGAGCUUGCUGAGCUGAUCAAGGACGCUAUUGAGGAACCAGCUCAUGAAUUCGGCGCCCACGGUACGCCAGCCAGUUUGAAGAUUGUAGAUAUCCUGGGUCAAUUGCAGGCACGAGAGGUCUUCAACGUGUGCACGAUGAAUGAGUUCCGUCGCUACCUCAACCUGAAGCCCUACGAGAACUUCGAAGAAUGGAACCAAGAUACUACUGUUGCGCGAGCGGCAGAGCUUCUUUACGGACAUAUUGAGAACCUUGAGCUUUACCCUGGUCUGAUGGCCGAAUGCACUAAGCCUGCGAUGCCCGGAAGCGGUGUCUGCCCCGGUCAAACCACAGGCCGAGGUAUUCUUGACGACGCCGUCGCUCUCGUGCGAGGCGACCGCUUCCUCAGCUAUGACUUCAAUAGCAACACGCUGACCCAGUGGGGCGCUGCCUUGCUGCAAGACAACGCAUCAGGUGCAUAUGGUGGUAUGCUGCCCAAGUUGUUGUUCAGAGCACUGCCUGGCGCGUUCACUGGAACCUCCUCAUAUGCUCUUCUGCCAUUCUACACUCCAGAAGCUGCUAAGGGUAUCUUGAAGGGCAAUGAUGCGCUGCAAAAGUAUGACCUUCAGAGACCCAAGAGCGGUAUGGACAUUAUUAGUGUCCAAACCUUCGAAGGUUGCAAAAAGGUCUUUGAAGACCGCGACAACUUCCGAGUUAUGUACCAGGCUGCGAUCCGCAACUGUACCAACGGACACGACUUCAUGAUCGGCUGGGAUGAUGCCAAGCGUCACGAUGAGCGGUCAAAUAUCCUUCACAAGGUGUUCAUGGAGGAAGGAUUCGAAAAAGACGUGUCGGACUUCUUCACGACCAAUGUGAGGAAGCUUAUCACCAAGAACUCACUGUCCUUGUCGAAGGGCAAGAAGUCCAUUGAUAUUGUCCGAGACGUCACCAACAUUACCCCUAUCCUGUGGCUUGCUGAUAAAUUCGCAAUUCCGCUCAAGACGCAAGAGAAACCCAAGGGUUUGGUGUCUAUCUACGAGGCUUUCGGGGCUUAUCUAGUCCUUUUCAUGUACCAAAGCUUCAACAUCAUGCCUAUCAAUGAAUGGAAGCUUCGUGAAGCGGCCAUGAAGGCUGGCGCUGCGCUGCGCCCUGUCUUUGAGGCUCAUCUGAAGACACAGAAGGGCGUGAAAGAGUCCGUGGUCGACUGGCUCGCCAAAGGCAGCGCAUUCGAAGUCGGCCCUCAGGCUGACCGCCUCUACCAUGCACUGAAUGACUCGAAGCUGCCCAUCGGCGACUUGGUGGGUGACUGCAUCGGCAUGGGUGCUCCCGUGGCGGGCAACAUCACGCAGCAAGCAUCUCUGCUGAUAGACCUCUUCCUGAGCCCUGGCUACGAGCAGUACAAAGAGCGUAUCGUCGAGCUGGCACACAUGGAUCCCGAAAAGUCAGAUCGUGAACUCCAAGGCUUCGUGAUGGAGGGUAUGCGACACGCUGGUGUCGUUCCCGGUCUGCCACGUGUUGCGUCCCAGGAUGUCACCGUCAUGGACGGUAUUCGCGGUCCGGUGCACGUCAAGGCCGGAAACACAAUCCUCAUUGCAACCUCCAAGAGUGCGAUGGAUCCUGAGCAGUAUCCAGAACCCGAGAAGCUCAACCCUCACCGUUCAUUCAAGGACUACAUCCUGCUGGGCCAUGGCCUGCACUUCUGCUUUGGCGCCCGUCUGGUUGCGCCAGCGCUUGCAGCUACUCUCAGGGAGGUCUUCAAGCUCAAGAACGUACGCAGGGCUCCGGGUAAGCUAGGAAAGUUCACCAUCACAGAACAUGACCUUGCUGGCAUCAAGAUGAGGCACUACUUGGACUCUAGCUCCAAGGAGUCGCCUAUCCCCACGUCUCUCACUCUGUACUACGACUCGUAA